AUGAUUCCCGAGAUCAAGGGACGUUCCAAGCCGGCGACAGCGGUGGCAGCCUCGGUGGUUGUCCUCGCCGCCGCCGUGGCAGUGCAGUACUACAGCAAGAAUAAGAAGGCGACCAAGCUGAGCAUCCCUCUGCACCCGGCCCUGGACAGCGGCCUCACCCGGGGCGACCCCAAGUUCACGGCGGGCGGCAAGCUCCGGUGCCACUGCCGCGCCGCGCCCGUCGAGGUGACGCUCGACGGCAACGUGGCCCACAACCACGCCUGCGGCUGCUCCAAGUGCUGGAAGCCCCAGGGCGCCGUCUUCUCCAUCAUCGGCGUCAUCCCGCGCGACCAGGUCCACGUCACGGCCAACGCCGACAAGCUGUACGUCGUCGACCCCGGCGCCGCCAUCCAGCGCAACGCCUGCGUCGAGUGCGGCGUCCACCUCUUCGGCCGCAUCGAGAAGGACCACCCGUUCAAGGGCCUCGACUUCGUCCACGUCGAGCUCUCCGACACGGAGGGCUGGCAGGAGCCCCAGUUCGCCGCCUUCGUCUCCUCCAUCGUCGAGCAGGGCUUCCCGGCCACCAAGAUGGACCAGGUCCGCUCCGAGCUCAGGUCCAUCGGGCUGGAAACCUUUGACGCCCUGUCCCCUCCUCUCAUGGACCUCAUCGCCACCUGGUCUGCUCGUCAGAAUGGCAUCUUGAAGGAGUAG